AUGGCAAUUAUUUCAGCUGUCCAAGAAGCUCAAAAGGAUAACCUCAGAAGUUUUAAUGAUUACAUGUUGAAAGUGUUGGAGGAGGAUUGGCAAAAAGAAAAACGAGAUAGUCUUCAAAGAUUGAGUCAAAUUUCCACAUUACCUAGAACUAACAUGAUAGUUAGCAGUAGUGGGGGUGCUCGCUCUGGUCAGAUAGUGUCGAUGACUUCUAGCCCUCAAGCUUCAUCUGGUGCAUUUAGCAUGCAGCUUGUACCUCUUGCUAACAAGCCUAUCCUUGAGGAAAAGGCACCUGUCUAUGCUGAAGUUGUAAAGAAUCUGAAUGAUGCAAGAGAACGUGGAUUACCAUUUAAAUCUGCGACAGCUUUCAAGGGUGCUUAUGAAAGUUUAGGUCUGGAUGCAUCUGGUGGAAAAUCCGUUCAUGAUGCCUUAGAAUCCUUCCAUGUUCUCAAUUUUUGA